AUGAUCGACGGCGGAAAUGUGUACCGCGUGUUCUGCGCCAUCGUGCCGCUGUACGUGGGCAUCGGAUCCGGCUUCCUGUCAGUGCGCGUCUUCAAGAUCCUCUCGACCGACCAGUGCGCGGGAAUCAACCGUUACAUCGCCUUCAUCGCCCUCCCCUCGCUUGUCUUCCAGACCAUAGCCAAGACGGACAUGUUCAAGAUGAACUUCCUCUUCCUGGGCGCGGAUUCCACAGCGAAGCUCUUCGUACUAGUAGUCGUGGUGCUCUUCCUGCUGCUGCGAGUGGCGGCCAAGCACCUCGCCGUGCACAGAGCCUUCCUCUGGUCCGCGUCCCUGUUCAUGCUCGUCUCCAUGCCCAACACUCUUAUCAUCGGAGUACCACUAUUGUCAGCCAUGUAUGGGGAAGAGGCCGGGGACCUCAUGGCACAGAUCGUGGUGCUGCAGUCCGCCAUCUGGAUGCCGCUCACCAUCUUCCUCCUGUCCUGCCAGCAAGCCACCUCCCUGAGCACUCGCCGCGUGCACGACGCCUCCGCCCCCGCCCACGCUCGUUCGAACAGCACCGAUACUGCAGGCACUGGCAGCACUGAUAACCAGGCAAGCAGCACUGCCAACGGCCCAGCAAGCUCUGUGGAUGUCUCUCACGCACAGGCCGGUGCUUCUAUGUCCCAUGGCCAGGUACAGCAGCAGCAGCGGCGCAUGACUCGCCUGGAGAGCAUGCUGCUGCGCAGCUCCUCGUUCAAUGGCAGCUGGUUCAACAGCCGCGGCUUCAAUACAGUCACGCUCGCAAGCUCCGUCAGUGACAGCUCUGGUAGUGGUAGAUCCGUUAGUGACAGUGACAGAUCAGUUAGUGACGGAUUCGUUAGUGGUAGAAGCACCGUGGUUGGUUUCAGUGCAACACGGUGCACAUAUGAUGUGGACGGUACCAGAUCAGAGGAGCCAGUGGAAACACCGACAGAGUCUGGAGCGUCUAGUGGGGCUACAAAACUGAGUUCUGAGGGGUCCGUGGCUCAGCCUAAUGGGGAAGGUCAGAGGAGUGAGGGGAAUGAGGAAGGGGCGUGCGUGUGCAUUGAGGUAGAGGAAUCCCAGCCAACAGGUGGUGCCCAGGUGAGCCCUGAUGCUGCUGCACCUGCAGCUGGAGCAGCUGGAGCAGCUGGAGCAGCUGGAGCAGCUGUAGCUGCUACUGCUGCAGGGCUGCUGGCUGCUGGAGAUGCAGUGGGAGGAGUGGGAAGGCCGAGCAGCUUCGGCCGGGCCAGCAGCUUAGGUCGGGCAGGCAGCCUCAGUCGAUGCCCCUCGAUACCUGAGAGCACUCCUUUUGAGGAGUCCUGGGAUAGAGGGGGCGAUGCAGAAGGUAGCUCCAGCCUCAGAAAUGGAGGUGGCAGUUAUGCGGAUACAGGUUCAGUAGUGAAGGAGCAGCAGCAGCGGCAGAAGAAGAAAGAGGAGGAAGAGGUGCAAGGGCAAGUACCAGAGAUGCCAUCGGUAGGGCCAGAGUCACUCCCUCCCUCUAUCCCCUGUGCCCACUGUGUGAGUCACUCCCUCCCUCUAUCCCCUGUGCCCACUGUCUGCGGCUUCGGCCACCCAGAGACGCUGCGCACGUCAGUCAAGAUCAUAGCAGACACGGAGUGUGUGCCUCUCUCCCUUCACCCAUCACCUGCUCUCAACAACCCUUCUGGUCCCUCCCCCUCCCCUCCGCAUGUCCCUCCCCCUCGCCCUCUCCCCAGCUGCGGAUUCGGCUACCCAGAGAUGCUGCGCACGUCAGUCAAGAUCAUAGCAGACACGGGUCUUGGCAUGUCCAUGUUCAGCCUCGGUCUCUUCAUGGCCAGCCAAAAGAGUCUGCUCACCUGCGGGGUGUGGCACACUGUGUGGUCGCUCGCCCUCCGAUUCGCCCUCACACCGCUCACCACCGCUCUCUUCGCCUUCCUCUUUGGCAUCCGUGGCAAGCUCUUUCGAAUCAUUGCCAUGCAGUCCGCAUUACCCCCGGGGGUGGUGACUUUCGUGCUGGCCAACGAGUACAAGUCCCACACUGCCAUUCAUAGCACCGGGGUUUGCUUUGGAACAUUAAUAUCCUUUCCCAUACUCAUGGGCUAUUACCUACUCCUGGGAGAGUGA